AUGAAUUACUUCGUUCUUAUAGCAGCUAUAAUAUUACUUGCUAGCACAAGUAUAAAUGGCUUGCCACUUCAAAAGCGACGAUUCUCGGGUGAAGCGACCUAUUACACGCCAGGACUAGGUGCUUGCGGUGGACAUAAUUCAGAUGGCGACUUUAUAUGUGCAUUGAACACUCCGCAAUUCAAUAAUGGAGGAAAUCCUAAUAGCAAUCCAUUAUGUGGUAAACGAAUUUCUGUUACAGGACCAAAGGGUACUGUGGUAGUAACAAUUGUAGAUGCGUGCCCUGGUUGUGCUUUUGGUUGUGUUGAUUUAUCUCCAGCUGCAUUUCAACAAAUUGCUGAAAUGAGUCAGGGUCGCGUACCAAUUAGCUGGGAUUUCGAAAAGGAAAAGGAAACUCCCAUCACCACUAGUACUGAGGAAAAGGAAACUCCCAUCACCACUAGUACCGAGGAAAAGGAAACGCCCAUCAUCACUAGUACUGAGGAAAUGGAAACUCCCACCACUUCUAGCACUAGCACAACUCCCACCACUUCUAGCACUAGCACAACUCCCACCACUUCUAGCACUAGCACAACUUCAACCACCUCAAUCAAUAAUAAAAUCCCGAUCACCCCCUCACCUACAACUGAAGAACCAACUGAAGAACCGACUGAAGAACCGACUGAAGAAACAACUACAACAAAUAAAAAUAUAAAACCAACACCAGCCAAAGAGACAACAACUAAAGAUGAAGAUGAAGAAGCAACUACAACAACUAAAAAUACAAAUCAUAAAGAGACUUCGACAACUUUAACUGUUUCAAAUUAUGGCCUUCCAUUUUUUGAUGGAAAAGUGCCCUUUAAAAAUCCAAAAAUCAAAUUACCAAACGGAAAAAAUCCUUUUAAACAUUUCAGCAAUAUCGUUAUUCCUUUGCCUAAAACGACAUUAACUUUGACUAUCGAUCCGGAUUCUCCUUUGGCCACAGAAACAACUACUUGCACAUCAUCCGUAUUACCAAACAAAUAG